GGCUAACGCUAAGGCCUGGUCCUACACCGGCAGCAGCCACCGAGUCCCGUCCCGGCCAAGCAGCCCGCAGCCCGCCCUCCCGCAGGCCGUAGCACCUGGCCGACCAGCCUCGAGUCCCACAGGGAGGAGGCGGCGGGACCCUGGGACGCGGCGGACGGGCAGCCGCAGGCGGCCAUUGAAAGGCCCCGCAGUAGGUGGACCGCAACGAGCUGCGGCCGCGGGCCAUGGGGCCAGGAGGCGAGCGGCACCACGGGGGCCAGGGCCGCGACCGCACCACAAGCCGCAGCUCGCCCUUCUUUGGGGCACGCAGUCAGUUACGGAGCGCGCCUCCGGCGGAGCGCGCCUCCGGCUCCCGAGGAACGGUGGGCAGUCCCGGGGGCGCGCGCACGUCACAACAAAUCGACGUCCGCCCCGCCCCCUAGAGCAGCGAAUGGACUCACCCACAUACGGGGUCUGAGAGCGCCGCGGGUCACGUGACCCGGAGGAAGGGCGGGGCCGGGAGGAAGCCGACGCGCGCACUGUGGACCUGACAAGAUCAAAGCUGCAGGAGGAUGGACAGUGAGGUACAGCGAGAUGGAAGGAUCUUAGACCUGAUUGAUGAUGCCUGGCGGGAAGACAAGCUGCCAUAUGAGGAUGUCGCCAUUCCACUGAGCGAGCUUCCUGAGCCUGAGCAAGACAAUGGUGGCACCACAGAGUCUGUGAAAGAACAGGAGAUGAAGUGGACAGACCUGGCCCUCCAGGGCCUCCACGAGAAUGUCCCACCAGCUGGAAACUGAUUCUGGGCUCCUUCCCAUGGAUGGAGUUUUCAAAAAUAUGUGAAUAAAAAUGUUUCCUGUCUCCAAAUUCAAAUCUCUAGUAAUAAAUCAACACUCAAAAGCA